AUGUUUUAUAUAUUUCCAACAAUUUUCUUGCUUUCCCUUUCUGUUGAAACAACUCGUGUUAAAGAAUUUGAUUAUAUCAUUGUCGGGUCUGGUGCAGCAGGAUCAGUUUUGGCUAACAGAUUAUCCAAAGAUCCUUGGAAUAAAGUACUUCUGUUGGAAGCUGGAGAAGAACCGGUCUUAGCAAACGACAUAAUUUCACUUAGUUUGCAGUUGGUUAAAUCCAGAUUUGAUUGGAAUUUUACUUCGAUACCAAGUAAAAAAGUUGGUUGGGCUCUGAGGAACAGGCAAUUUAUAGCAACAGCUGGUAAAGUUUUAGGAGGAACGGCAAUGUUAAACGCAGGUGUUUACAUUCGAGGGAAUAAAUACGAUUAUGACAAUUGGGCUCUACAUGGUGCAGUCGGAUGGGACUGGAGAAAUGUAUUUCCUUAUUUUUUGAAAAUGGAAGAUAACCGAGACGAAUCGUUCGUACGUAAUGGUUAUCACGGAGUUGGUGGAGAAUUAAUCGUUCAGACUCCAGAAUUUCUUUCUCCUGCAGUCAAAGCAUACAUAGAAGCUGCUGAAAGUAUUGGUUAUCCUCUCGGAGAUUAUAACGGGAAAAGUCAAACGGUGUUUAUGCCCAAUCAGGGAACAGUUAAUAAAGGAAGACGAUGGACUUCGUUACGAGCUUUUAUUGAUCCAAUCAUUGGAAGGAGAAACUUUCGUUUAAUUACAUCAGCUUUCGUAACCAAGAUUUUAAUUAAUGAGCAUAAUCAAGCAUAUGGCGUUUUGUUCGACCACAAAGGUCGUCAGUUAACAGCAUUAGCGAAGAAAGAAGUGAUUAUAAGUGCAGGAACAUUCAAUUCUCCCAAACUUCUAAUGCUCUCAGGGAUUGGUCCAAAAGAAGAGCUGCAAAAAUUACACGUUCCAUUAGUAGCGGAUCUUCCCGUUGGCCAAAACUUACACGACCAUGCCACAACUCUUAGUUUACAGUUUCUAAUAGACUCUUACACAUUCGCUGAUCAUAGAAUUACCAAAGAAGAUUACAACGAAAUUUUGGUUAAUGGAACAGGACCAUUAUCGACACUUGCAGAAUUAGAAGUUGCUGGAUUCGUUAACACAAAGUACAACAAAUAUCUAGAUUGGCCCGACAUGCAUAUAGUAUGGCUUACUAAUAUAAUAGAAAAUGUCUUAUCAAAUGCAAAUGAUGAAGUAAUUUUAUUCUUUCUUUCUCUAAAUAUUUAUUCAAGAUAUUUUGAUCAGUACAAGGACCAUGAUAUCAUCACUUGUUUUCCAAUUGUUAUUCAUCCACGAAGUCGAGGAAGUGUAACGUUAAAAUCAAACAAUCCUUACGUUGAUCCAGUAAUCGACUUAAAUACCCUUUCUCAUCCUGAUGACGUGAAAAUUUUAGUCGAAGGUAUGAAGUAUUGUUUAACUUUGGCCGCUACAAAACCGAUGAGAAAAUUAGGAGUUAAACCUCUGCCCUACGAUAUGCCAGGAUGUGAAAAAUAUGAACGUUUUAGUGAUGAACACCUUGCUUGCAUGGCUUUGGCGUUUCCUGUCUCUGUCCAUCACUUUUCUGGAACCUGUAAAAUGGGCGAUCCCAAUGAUCCCACUACAGUUGUGGAUGCAACUUUGAAAGUAAAAGGAGUUCAUGGGUUAAGAGUGGUCGACGCAUCUAUCAUUCCCAUACUCAUAGGAGGUCACACAAUGACAGUUACUAUGAUGAUCGCCGACAAAGCUGCAGAUAUGAUACUUCACCUCGGAUCUGGUGCUGCGGGAUCGGUUUUGGCUAAUAGAUUGUCCGAAGAUGUUUGGAAUAAAGUACUUCUGCUGGAAGCUGGAGAAGAACCAGCCCUAGCAAACGACAUAAUUUCACUCGGUUUGAGCGAGAUUAAUUCUAAAUACGAUUGGAAUUUUACUUCGAUACCAAGUGAAAAAGUUGGUUGGGCUCUGAAGAACAGGGAAUUUGUAGCAACAGCUGGUAAAGUUUUAGGAGGAACAGCAAUGUUAACCACAGGUGUUUACGCUCGAGGGAAUAAAUACGAUUAUGACAAUUGGGCUCUACAUGGUGCAGUCGGAUGGGACUGGAGAAAUGUAUUUCCUUAUUUCUUGAAAAUGGAAGAUAACCGAGACGAAUCGUUCGUACGUAACGGAUAUCACGGGGUUGGCGGAGAAUUAAUUGUUCAGACUCCAGAAUUUCUUUCUCCUGCAGUCAAAGCAUACAUAGAAGCUGCUAAAAGUAUUGGUUAUCCUCUCGGAGAUUAUAACGGGAAAAGUCAAACGGUGUUUAUGCCCAAUCAAGGAACAGUUAAUAAAGGAAGACGAUGGACUUCGUUACGAGCUUUUAUUGAUCCAAUAAUUGGAAGGAGAAACUUUCGUUUAAUUACAUCAGCUUUCGUAACCAAGAUUUUAAUUAAUGAGCAUAAUCAAGCAUAUGGCGUUUUGUUCGACCACAAAGGUCAUCAGUUAACAGCAUUAGCGAAGAAAGAAGUGAUUAUAAGUGCAGGAACAUUCAAUUCUCCCAAGCUUCUAAUGCUCUCAGGGAUUGGUCCGAAAGAAGAGCUACAAAAAUUACACAUUCCAUUAGUAGCGGAUCUUCCCGUUGGGCAAAACUUACACGACCAUGCCUCUACUCGAAGUUUGCAGUUUCUAAUAGACUCUUACACAUUCGCUGAUCAUAGAAUUACCAAAGAAGAUUACAACGAAAUUUUGGUUAAUGGAACAGGACCAUUAUCGACACUUGCAGAAAUAGAAGUGGCCGGAUUCGUUAACACCAAGUUUAACAAAUAUCCAGAUUGGCCGGACAUGCAUAUAAUGUGGCUCACUAAUAGAGUUGAAAAAGAGUUAUCAAAUGCAAUUGAUAAAUUACAAAGUAUGUUUGAUCAGUACAAGGACCAUGAUAUCAUCACUUGUUUUCCAACUGUUAUUCAUCCACGAAGUCGAGGAAGUGUAACGUUAAAAUCAACUAAUCCUUAUGUGGAGCCAGUAAUCGACUUGAAUAUUCUUUCUCAUUCUGACGAUGUGAAAAUUUUAGUUGAAGGUAUGAAAUAUUGUUUAACGUUGGCCUCUACAAAACCAAUGAAAAAAUUAGGAGUUCGACCACUGCCUUACGUUAUGCCUGGAUGCGAAAAAUAUAAACACUUCAGUGAUGAAUAUCUUACUUGCAUGGCUUUAGCAUUUCCUUUCUCUGUACAAUACUUCUCUGGAACCUGUAAAAUGGGCGAUCCCAAUGAUCCCACUACAGUUGUGGAUGCAAGUUUAAAAGUAAAAGGCGUUCACAGGUUAAGAGUGGUCGAUGCAUCUAUCAUUCCAAUAAUCAUAGGAGGUCACACAAUGUCGGUUACUAUGAUGAUCGCCGAUAAAGCUGCAGAUAUGAUACUUCAUCAGUUUGAAAAAUAAUUUAUGCAACUUUUUAUAACAGCUAAUUAAUUGAAACUGAUUUCAAAGUUGUUAAUAAUUAAUUUUUAAUUAAUUUUUGAUAUAAAUAACAAUUAGCUUUCAAUUUUAACUUAAUUUCUAAAGUGAAU